AUGAUUAACAAGCCUUUCUUUGAAAUUGUCUUGGUGCUGCUGGCCUCUACCACUGUCUUCUCCCUGGAACUGAAACUGGUUCUCUUCCAACAAAGAGUGAACAGAGAGAGUUUAAAACUCUUGAAUAAACUGAAAACCCCAUCAAUUCAGCAGUGCCUAUCGCACAGGAAAAUCUUCCUGCUUCCCCACCAAUACCAGGAUCCUCCUGUAUCUUUCCUGAAUCCUCACUAGUACCAGAAAGGACACACAAUAACCAUCUUUGAGAUGCUUCAGCAGAUCCUCAACCUGUUCAGGACAAGUAUGCCUUUGGACAGCUGGGGAGAAAGCCAUGUGGAAAACUUAAUCAACGAACUUCAUCCACAGCUGGUAUACUUAGAAGCUUUCAUGGGACUGGAAGCAGAGCAAAAAGGUGGCACAUUGGGUAGUGAAAACCUUAGAUUACAGGUUAAAAUGUACUUCUAAUGGAUCCAUGAUUAUCUGGAAAACCAGGAAUACAGCAGCUGUGCCUGGACCAUUGUCCGAGUAGAGUGUCUGUCCUUUGUGUUCCAACUCACAGGAAAGCUGAGCAAACGAGGAGUGGAUCCUGGAACCACGUGGAGCAGGAGCCAACUGCAGGCUUUAAAAGCAUAGGGUAGAGGUGGAUUUCCCGGAAAUACCUCUUCACAGCCAGUGCAGGGCCCUCAGUUCCCAGGGCAGAUUUCUCCUCUCCCAUCGCCUGCACCAAACAGGUGUCCAGGUCUUCCAGCUGCUGAUGGAGUCCAGUGCAGAGUCGGUCCA